AUGGAUUCAUUAACGAGUUCCCAGACUCUGGGUCCCAGCGAUAUGCUAUUGGCAUCCGAGAAGCGCCCGGACAAAGUGUCUUCGAAGAUGGCAGGCACAUCCCACGAUCAAGAGGACAUGCUGAGAAUUGGAAGAGAGCAGGAAUUGAAUCGUAACUUCCGAUUCCUAUCCGUUCUUGGCUUUACCGCAGUCCUAAUGUGUACCUGGGAGGCAGUUCUAUUUGGCAGUUCGUACGGCCUAAUCGAUGGUGGUCUUGGUGGGAUGAUUUACACAUAUAUUGGGGGGAUCACUGGAUUCACGGCAGUCGUGCUGGCACCUACGUCUGGUGGUCAAUAUCAUUGGGUAUCUGAAUUUGCUCCACCUGAAUGUCAGAAAUUCCUCAGCUACAUCACGGGCUGGGUGUGUGUUUUGGGCUGGCACACGGGGAUAGCUGCUUGCAGUUAUACUGUCUCUAAUAUGAUGAUUGGCCUUUUAUCAAUCAACUAUCCAGACUCAUACGUUCACCAGCCAUGGCACGGAACCGUUUUUGUCAUCGGGAAUGCAUGCACUGCCUUUAUAUUCAACACUUUUCUUGCACAGAAACUGCCUAUUAUUGAAGGCGUCAUUCUGAUAAUUCACGUUUUCGGCUUUUUUGCCGUGUUGAUUCCGUUAUGGGUCUUGGCACCUAUCCAGUCACCAUCCCGAGUGUUUCUGCAUAUAGAAGACCGGGGAGGAUGGGGGAACGACGGCCUCUCUUGUCUGAUAGGACUGGUAGCCCCGAUAUAUGCACUGAUAGGGCCUGAUUCAGCUGUUCACAUGGCCGAGGAAAUUCGUGAUGCAUCCUGGACGCUUCCCAAAGGAAUGGUAUGGACUCUAGUUCUCAACGGCCUGACGGGUUUGGCCAUGAUCAUUACGUAUGCAUUUUGCAUUAGUGAUAUCGACCAGGUUCUCGCGAGUUCAACGGGGUUCCCAUUCAUCCAGGUUUUCCUGGAUUCAACCGGCUCUGUGCGAGCAACGACAGGAAUGACAGCGCUUAUGAUGGUACUUCAGUUCUGUGCUACGAUCAGUAAUGUAGCCACAGGCUCGCGGCAACUGUACGCUUUUGCGCGGGAUGAUGGACUCCCCUAUUCAAAGUUUCUCUCUCAUGUGAACCGACGAUUCGUGAUACCCUUGAACGCCCUCUGCGUCGGUCUUGUCGUUGUCUGCCUCUUGUCGCUGAUAAACAUCGGCUCCUCGGUAGCAUUCAACGCAAUCAUGUCCCUCGGCACAGUAUCCCUCUUGUCAUCUUACAUCAUAUCCACAUUCUGUCUUAGACUGAAGCGAUGGCGAGGCGAGCCCGUGCCGCCAGCACGCUGGAGCCUAGGACGCAGGUGGUCCAUAAUUGUAGAGACGGUAGCCCUUGUGUUUCUGGUUUUGGUAUGGGUUUUGUGUUUUUUCCCAGUUACUAGAGACGUUACGCCGGGCACGAUGAAUUGGUGCGUUGCGAUUUUCGGCGGUGUGGUUGUGCUUGCCCUGGUGUAUUAUUUUUUGUUCGCUCGACAUGUUUAUACUGGUCCAGUGUCGCGUGUUAGGGCGCUGGUUUGA